AUGGAGACGGACCUGGUUCUGAGGCCAUGCCACUCGCACCCAGAUGUGGUGGCGCCUCCCCCCAUUCAGCCUGUUGCCCACACACUUUCCGUGACGCAGGAGGGCACCAGCAUCAGGUAUGAGGCAUCCGCCCCUGCCGAUGCCCCUCCGUCUAGGGCAGCAGAGCCGCCAGUCGGACCCCACCUCGCCGAUGGAGAGGGGCACACCACAGCAUGCACUUCAGACGCACCUCUACAUCCCCCCUUCCUGGCCCCUGGCCCGGUCCCUCCGGACGACGACCUCCCUUCCACGGCUAGCUUACUCCUCGCUGCAGCGCCGACCCUUUUCCUCGCUCCAGCGACGCCACCCGACCGCUCGCACACGGCUGCCAUUACUACGCGCAUCGCCCAUUUUGGCUAA